AUGUCCCGAAUUCUGCUUGUUCUUCUGCUUUUGGCGUCCCAAAAUGCCCCUGGAAAAACAGAAGAAUCAGAGUGUGGUCGACCCCAGCGGCCGCAGAGCCGAAUCGUGGGUGGUUCUGAUGCCUUGGAGGGAGACUGGCCGUGGCAAGUUGGCUUGUACUGGUGGGGGAUGUUCCUUUGUGGUGGCUCCCUCAUCUCCGAGUACUGGGUCCUGACUGCAGCCCACUGUGUGGUAUUGAACAGUACUGUGGAGCCCCCGGAGGCGUACAAGGUGUCUCUGGGCACCCACCAUGAGAUGCCUGGAUCCAUCAGAAACGUGAAGAACGUGUCCGAGAUCCUGAUUCACGAGGACUUUUCCCGACUCACGUUAUUAGCAGACAUAGCUCUGAUGCGGCUCUCUGAGCCCGCCAACUUCAGCGACCUAGUGCAGCCUGUCUGCCUGCCCCAGGCCACUCACCACUUCCCCCACGGAGCCUCCUGCUGGGCCACGGGCUGGGGAACCCCCACAGAAAAAAAAGUAACUCUCAGACCCCCCAGGACCCUCCAGCAGGUAGAACUAAAGAUUUUUGGAGAGAAGGCCUGCCAGUGUCUGUUUGACCACAGUCCAAUUGAACACAACUUAACUUUGGACCUUGAUUAUGGGAUGAUGUGUGCAGGCUCCCUUGGAGGUGGGAAGGAUACCUGCCAGGGGGACUCUGGAGGCCCGCUGGUCUGUAAGGAAGGAGACCAAUGGUUCCUGGCUGGAAUCACCAGCUUUGGCUUUGGUUGUGGGAGAAGAAAUAAGCUGGGGGUUUUCACAGCUGUGACAAACUACGAAUCCUGGAUCCGGGAAAGGGUGACUGGACAUAAGGUUGCCUUCCCCCCACAACUCGAACCUCUCCUACCUGAUUUGCCAGAGUAUUCUUUUGGGAACUGCACCCCUGCCUUGCCAGAAUGUGGAAGGGCCCAACAGCCUGGUCUUUGGCCUUGGAAGGCUAUGGUGGUUAGCCCAAGAUUCAAGCCCUGCCAUGGAGUAUUGGUGUCAGAGAACUGGGUCCUUGUGCCGGCCAGCUGCUUUCAGGGCCUGGACCUAAACAAGAUGGACUUCGAGGCAGUACUUCCACCCAAGGCCAUGAGGGUACCUGUUACCCAAAUUGUGUUACAUGUAAACUCUACCAAGGAUUAUGAUUAUGACCUGGCCUUGCUGGAGCUAGGAGUGCCUGUGAAGAAGAAUGAAACCAGGCCUGUGUGCUUGCCCAUGGAGGACCACUACUUUGUGCCUGGGAGCCAAUGCCACCUCGCCCAGUGGGGUCCGGGAGAGCCACCUCCUGUUGCUGAUUCUUUGCUGGAGUCUGAGCUGAUGUCCAACUGGUGGUGUCAUUGCCUUCACAACCAGAAGGGGGAGGUUGUGCCCAAGCCUAGAAAAAAUCCCUUAAUCCUGUGUCCGCAGUACCGCCUUGAGGAGGACACCGACCGUUGUUGGAUGGGAAGCCGUUGGAGCCUCCUAUGCCAAGAAUCUGGGUACUGGUUUCUGGCAGCUGUUUCAGUGCCCCCAGAAAACUGUCUCCGACCUCAGAUCUUCUCCCCACUACAACCUCAUGAGUUCUGGAUCAGGAAUAUUACCAUUAACGCCAACAUGGAGGAGCAACUGAAUUGGAACUGGGAACCUGAAAAAUCAAGAUUAGGAGAGACAGAGCUAAUUGAGAACUUGAUCCGAAAUACCUGUCCUUUUAUUAGCACCCCUAGAGUUUGUGGCCUUAGACAAAUGGAUGUUGAUUCAUGGCCUUGGAUGGCAGAAGUGCAUGGAACCAGGGGUGGAAUCUGCAUGGGCAUCCUGGUGAGCCCUCGUUGGAUCCUAGCAGCUAGUCACUGUGUGACAAGGCAGGCCUAUGCGGAAUCUAGUCUUCGAGUUUACCUGGGCAGGGCAGGGUCCAAAUCCACUGCCCAGGGCUUCCAGGUGUCAAGAUUGGUCAGAAACAUUCAACUACCCUCCAUUGUGGGAUCCGGAGCACCUCUAAUCUUACUGGAGCUAGACACCAGAGUAGAGCCUUCCCCCAUUGCCCUGCCUGUCUGUCUUCAUGCUAAACCUGCCCUACCUGGGACAAACUGCUUGGUGCUAGGCUGGAAAGACAACAGAGUCCCCUUGGCUGUUGAAGUCUACAUCUUGCCCCCUGGACUUUGCCACUGCUUCUACCAGGGUGAGCUGCCCUAUGGAACCAUCUGUGUCAAGUAUUCUGAAAAGACAGAGGACAGAUUUCAGGUGGAUUCAACACCAGCUCUCAUGUGCCAAGAACAAGGCACCUGGGUUCUACUUGGCCUAGCCUUAAAGGGAAGCAGGAAGCUAUUUGCCCCAGUGGGGCCCCUAGAGUCUUGGAUCUCACACACUGUAGGGGAAGCAUCCUUUUUGGAACAAGCAUCCUUUUCCCACGGGUCUGACUUCACGCCACAGAGUGACUGGGACCGUUGUCCUCCAGGCCUGAGCCCUCCAACUCUGAGUGGGGCCUCAACACCUUCAAAAGCUGCUCUGUUACUGUUAUUCCUUCUCUUUCUCCUACUUGGAGUCUGAGGACCAAGGAGAGAAGAUGCAAAUGUACCCAUUUCUUUUUUCCCUCCCAUUUUCAUCUGUUAAGUCAUAAGUGGCUACUCCUGCUGGAAUGUGCCCAGACCAGUUCCAGGCUGGGAACCUCAAAAGCUCCCCCCCCCCAACCCCCCACCCCCCACAUACACACACACCUCCCUCAAGGAGGAUGAUGGUGAUGGUGACUAACUGCCAACCCUGGGUGUCUAAUUGGACUGCUAAUUUGAGCCAAGGAAUCCUGGGGGUGGAGUGAAUACCUGGGCAAUAAACAC